CUAGAUGGCAGCAGCGAUCAGUGUGAGUACAAUGGCCGAAUGUUGACGUGAAAUUUGGCGUGUUCAUAGUGCGUUUGCGGAAAAUGGCCAAGGACAACGUUGGUUUAGGUUAUUGACAGCGGAGACGAAGUUAUAUCACUGCGUAGUGCCCCGGGCAAAGUCUCGAGGAGAAAUGUGACGGCCGCAGAGACAUGAAUGGCAUUCAGGGGAGAGUCAUGUCAACGUUGAUAUAGCUGCCAACACUGCGCCUAAAAAUCGGCAUGAAAAGAUCAUCUACCAUUGAGAUAAAUCCUGUUAUUGCUAAGCAACAGAAAACACACGUUUCUAGAGGCGAUUGCUGUCCUGCUACGGUCCAAGGUAACCGCUUUUUUACGGGCGUCACUGCCUGCAUCGUUGAGGCGGGGAUUGGAAAAGCACGGGUGGAGAUUUUCCGCAGGCAGCUGGAGAAGUAUGGUGGGACAGUGUCACAGCAGGUCACUGCUGGUAACUGCACGCACAUAAUUGUUGACGAGAACAUGGAUGCUGCCAGGUUAUGCAGACUGCUCAAGAUUGACAAGUUGCCCAUUGCCCAUGCAAGAGUGCUUAAGUCACUUUGGCUAAGUGCAUGUCUGAAGAACAAGCACCUGGUAGACACUAGUGUCUAUGAGCUUACCAUGCCUCAUCCGUCACAAACCACUGCAUUCAGAGAUGAUCAGAUUGUGCUUGCUAAUAAUUCUGUAAACAGAAUAGCUGGUAGCACCAGCAAUGAUACUAGCAUAUGUGAUACUGUGAACAUCACAACCGAUGAAGAAAAUGGAAAGACUGGUGUGACAAGCAGGGAUAAUCAUAAGUCAGAGUGUAGUGAUAAUUGCACAGCAGCGCCAUCUAGUGAAGGGACUGCUGUAAUUGCCCAACAGCUCCCGAAGGGCCGGUGGGUGUGUGCAAUGUCGUCCAAACAUGGGAGUGUGAAUCACAAUCCUCAUAUUACAGAUAAACUAGAGAUACUUGCAAAGACAUAUAAGAAUACUAAGGACCAGUGGCGAUCACUUGGUUACUCGAAAGCUGUUGCAGUGCUAAAGGAGCACCCAAAACCCAUAGAGUCAUGGGAGGAAGCAGCUGCAUUGCCUAGCAUUGGUCAGCAGAUCGCAGACAAAAUAUGGGAGAUUGUGCAGAGUGGCUGCUUGCGCAGGCUAGAUGAGGUGAUGAGUGGAGACAAGAUGGCAGCCAUCAACCUCUUCAAUGAUGUUUGGGGCGCUGGACCAGGAACUGCUGAGCGAUGGGUGCAGCAGGGUUUUAGAACGCUGGAUGAUGUCAGAGCACACCCAGAUCAGAUUACAAAGCAGCAGGCUAUUGGGUUAAAUCACUUUGAGGACUUUUUGGACAGAAUGCCACGUUCAGAAGCGGCUGAAAUAGAAAACAUGGUACAGACAUCUGCGCUCGCGAUAGCGAAGGGGCUAAUAGUGCAAGCGUGUGGUUCAUACAGGCGUGGAAAACCGACGUGCGGUGACACUGAUGUUCUUAUCACACAUCCUGAUGGCAGCUCACACGUUGGAGUAUUGCACCAACUCGUCCUGGACCUGCACCAGAGUGGUUUUAUCACUGAUGAUUUAGUAACAGCAACAGAUGGCACCCACAGAAAGUAUCUUGGCGCAUGCAAACUGCCAGGGGAAAACAGAAAGCAUCGUCGGAUUGACAUCAUUGUGGUACCGUACACGGAGUACGCGUGUGCCUUGCUCUAUUUCACUGGAUCGGCACAUUUCAACAGAUCGAUGCGCCUUCUCGCAAUCAAGAAGGGAAUGACUCUCUCAGAGCAUAGGCUCAAUGCCGGAGUCAUCAGAAAGGGGAAAGAAAAGUUAAGUAAAGGACAGCCUCUGAGUACACCUACAGAGGAGUCUGUCUUUGAGCACCUAGGGCUUCCUUAUAGACCCCCAGAAGAGCGUGAUCACUAUGACCUGAAGGUAAAAUACUCAAAUGUUGUGCCAGCUGAUGAUGAGGCUAAAACACAAUAUUCACAGUAAAUUAUGAGCAUUCAAUCUUGCUUUGCUAUAUGAUUUUCGUGUGAUUCACAACAUUAUCAGAAAAUUCAAAUAAAUAAAAUGAAUUGAUUAUUUAAAUUUAGAUUAAAAUUUAAAUGAACUCUUGUAAUGUGUUUAUAUACAAGUUUGUGUUUGUACUGAUUCAUAAGAUUAAUAUGAACAAUAUAUUAUGAACUUGUGUAAAUGUUAUGCUUUAUGUAAUUAUCCAUUAUACACCAAUGAUAUAUCGUCUCAAUGAGAUUGUUUAAUAACUUUAUGUAUAUUAAAUUAACUUAUUUUAAGCUGAAAUAGUACCAUCUGAAGAGUCACAAGAGCUGUAACAUUAUAGGUGUGACAAAACGAGAUGAUAUCACAUUAUUUAUUGUUAAGUCUGUAAAUCAUAUAUAGUUAUUAUUAAAGAAAUUUAAUCAUAACUAAAUAAAAAUAUUUUUGUAUCACUUA